CACCCCACCGACCGUGUAUAGUACCCGCUACAUACCUAGGUACGCGCCUUGUGGUGGUCGAUUCGGCAUCCAACGGCUAUCUGAGUCAUGCCUCCCGCAUCCUCGCCCCCUCCCCCACAUACACAUGCCGCCGCGAUGCGGGGGACGCGAGGAGUACAUAUAAGUGCCGCGAUGCACUCACCAGCUGUAUGCACAUGUACUCGACAUUGUACAGAGUAAUUAUACCUCCCAACCAACCUCCCAACCACCACCACCACCUUCACAACAAUGCCCAUAACCCUCGGCGUCGCCCAAUACCCGACGCAGCGAACACUCGCGCGGACACUGUCUUUGCUAGCGACCGUAACCCGCAAGUCCGCACUGGAGGGUAUCAACCUCCUUGUGUUCCCGGAGGCGUUCCUGGGGGGGUACCCGCGCACCAGCACGUUCGGCAGCUCGAUCGGCAGCCGCACCGACGCCGGCCGCGACGAGUACUUCGCCUACUACUCCUCGGCCGUGGAUCUCGGAGAUGUUGACCCCGAGGGCUUGGGGGUGUACACGGGCCCCGGCGAUGGCACGAGACAGGUGUUGGAGGACCUGGCGAGGGAGACGGGGGUUUUCUUGGUUGUGGGAGUCGUCGAGAGGGCCGGCGGGUCGUUGUUCUGUGCGUGUGUGAGUGUGUGUCCGCAAAGGGGACUCGUCGCGAAGAGGAGGAAGGUCAUGCCGACCGGCGCCGAGCGAGUGGUUUGGGCGGUUGGAUCGCAGAAGACUCUGAAGGCUGUUGAGGCCGAGAUUGGGGGCGAGAAGGUUGUGAUCGGCGCUGCGAUAUGUUGGGAGAAUUACAUGCCGCUCCUGCGAACCUCACUCUACUCUCAGGGCGUGACCUUGUACAUCGCGCCGACGGCGGACGCGCGUGAGAGCUGGAUCGCAACGAUGCAGCACAUCGCGCUGGAGGGCCGCUGUUUCGUCGUGGGGUGCAACCAAUUCGUGACGCGCGAGACGCUGCCCGAGUAUGUUCCUGGGGCUGUGGAGGUGGACAUGGAGGACGACGACGACGUGGACGGGGAUCUCGAGGCUGUCGCCCAGGGCGAGGUUGUAUGUAACGGCGGCAGCGUCGUUUUUGAUCCCCUUGGAAAUCUACUGGCGGGGCCGAUGUGGGGGACUGCGGGGGUGCUCAGGGCGGAGAUUGGCGAUGUACAGAAGGCUGUCGUCAGGGCGAAGAUGGAUCUCGAUACUGCUGUGGGUGGGCAUUAUUCUAGGUAUGUGCACCGCCCCCCCACCCGGCGCCGAUGGACAACGGAAGAAGGGGAGGAGGAGGAGCAUGGCUGACAGAGUGGAGUGAUAGGUCCGAUGUGUUUAAGCUCGCUGUUGAGGGGUUGGAUCUGUCGAGGCGGGG